CCUGAGCAUCUUAUCGUUGGAUUUCUGUGUUAUUUUUGAUAUUUUAGACACAUUUUUUGCACAUUUGAGGAUGACCAAAGUGUCUCCUGGCCACGCGGAGAUGACCGCAGCUUUGGCCCCUCCCUCUGCUCCUCUCCUCGUCUCCACUCAUCGCUCGCCUUCAAGAUCGCCCACCAAAACCGAUAAACUCAUAACAGAUUUGCCGGAUGUGUUGCGAGAUAAAGAGCGGAGAGUGAAGGAGCAGUUGGAACGCUGCGCCGAGCAGAGAGGCAGAAAAAUGGAGGAGCAGAAGAAGAGAGAGGAACGACGCAGAAACGCAGCUGAGGAGAGAAGAAGACUGCAACAGGAAGCAGAGAAGGAGCGUCUGGAGGCCAUGGUGAGGCGCCGCGGAGGCCGUGGGGGCAACAACAACCACCUCCAGAACGGGACCACGGGACAGUCGGGGCAAAACCAGGGCGGAGGCGGAGGGGAGGGCCAGCUGGACAACAGGCCGAAGCGCUGGACCUGGGGUGGACCUCCUGACGGCGUGGAGGUUGUUGACUUCCUGACUCCUUCAGAUCAGCCAAUGAACAAGCAGCUGUCCAACUCCUCAGCGGCUCUGCACUCGCCAGAAAGAGUUUCCUCAAACAAUCACAGGCUUCACCGGAGUUUGUCAAAUCGAAGGAGCAUCGCGGCGUUUCCAGAGGAGACGAAAGCUCGGACUCCCACGGGCGAUGGUCCGCCUCGCAGUUCAUCCUUCAGAGGAAACAGCAAAGGCCCAGCCACGCCCAAACGAGUGCGUUCAAACCGUAGCCGCCCUCAGUCGCCCUGCUCCCCGGGUCAGUACCCCCCCUCCCCUCGACGACACAAGGCCAGCACCCCCGGGACCCCCGACACAGAGGUCAAAGGUCACAUCAGCACUUUAGAGCGAAAAACCAAAACUGAGGGGGAGAAAAAGAUCCCCAAAUCCACCAGCAGAGAGCUCAAUGCAGAGUCUCCGAUGACCCCCACUGGCCGGAGCGUGGGAGGGACGACAGACGCAGAGGAGGCUUCCAGAGUUUUGGCCGAAAGACGACGUUUGGCCCGAAUCCAGAAAGAACAAGAGGAGAAGCAGCGGCUCGAGGAGGAGAGGCUGCGUGCAGAGGAGGAGCAGAGGAGGCGUCAGGAGCGACAGGAGCAACAGGAGCGACAGGCGCGUGAGGCCGAGGAGGAGCGAGUUAGACGUGAACAGGAGCGGAGAGAGAGAGAGGACCUGGAGAGGAGACAGAAGGAGCAGAGAUGGAAGGACAUGCAGCAACAGCUCGAUAAAGAGAGAGAGGAGGCGUUCCUUCGCGCUCAGAAAGAGGCCGAGCGAAAGAGACAGGAGCGAGAACAGCUGCACAUCCAGGAGGAGCAGGAGAGACAGCAGAGGAAGAAGAGAAUUGAAGAAAUAAUGAAGCGCACCAGAAAGAGUGAAGUGGAAGCUCCAUCUGUUGUCCAAGAGUCUGAGGUGAAGGUGGAGGCAGCGCCCCCUUCAGGACAGGAUGUGCCACUGGAGCCCUCUCAGAUUUCUCUGGGGCCUUUAGAAAAGAGCUGUGUGGAUGAGCUCUCAGACGGAGUGCAGUCUAUGGACGUCAGCUCUCCGUCUGUCUCCAUCAGCCCUGUGUCGCGCGAGGAGCAGCCCAGCGCACAAGACUACUCCCCGGUCACGGACGCAGACGCCAUGGGCUGGUCCGACUUCUCCAAACUCCAGCCCGCAAGCAGCGUCGGGGACCUCAACAAGAACUUGCUGCUCCAGGCCUGCAGCGCUGACGCUCCCCCCAUGAUCCCGCCCGUGGGACCCAAACUGGACGUCCAAUAAAGAGGGUUUCAAUCAACUUCACUUCAAUCAACGUUUGCACCAAAACAGCGGCUGAUUCUGUCCUUCAUGAUCAAACCACUCGACUAACAUUUACAGUACUGAGUUUCAAUGGGGUUUGAGGCGAUGCAGACAAUCUCUACAGGCUGAAAGCUGUAACUUGGCUAAACCUUAAUUAAAAUGUAAGAACUGUAAGGAAUAGUAAUAACAACAAAUGAACAAACUGCAUGUUAGGCUUCACCAAAUUACAAAUACGAGUUGUGAAUGACAUAAAAUUUAAUUGACGGUUUCUAUUUAACAUUAAGUUAGUUUCAGUUUUAAACAUUCCCCUUAACAUUUGUAAAAAAAAAAAAAAAAAUUGAAUAAACACAUGAACUGCUGAAUGAAUACAAGAAUCCCAUGCAUUUCAGAACAUACUGUAUUUUUGGAGGAAUAAACUACAAGGUUAGCAAUAGGGAUGCAACAAUAACCGAAAUAUUGUGAUAUCGUAUCAUCAGGAGUCUCACAAUAAUAUCGAAUAGCUGUCACAAUAUAUCGAAUUAUUAUAAGUUCCUUUGCUUAAAUGCAUGUUUCUUUAGUGGGAACAGCUUAUAAACAUCGGGAACUACAUAUCCCAUGAUUCAUUUCAGCGCAGACAACGGGAAGAAAUACGUUUUUUGCUUGAAUUCUUGGGAAUCAUUUGCACCAAAAUCUUGUUAAGGUAUUUUAAAAGCAAAAAAGUGUCAUAUCUACAAUUAAAAAAUAUUUGUCACUCCAGAAUAUCGCAAUAAAUAUCGUACCGUGAGAUUUGGAUAUGGUUACAUCCCUAGUUAGCAGACAAACUCCACGAAAACGGGAUAUUUUGUGUCUUUGCCAACUGUGACAAUUUAAAGUUUGUGAUCAUUUUUGCUGAUUAAUGCUUUAUCAAUGAAUCCUGUAGAGAUUCCUGAGUUUUCUGCAUUGUAGGGUUGUCAAAAGUAUCGAAAAACACUACUAAAACUUGACUACGUGGUAAUAUAAAAAGAAAGUACUACGAAUUAGUGUUGAAACAUCACGACUGCAUUGUCUCAGACCCCAAAUUCACUCUUCUAUGGCUUAACUCUGCUUUGUAAAACAUGUAAAUAGCUGCUAAUGGGGGAUUCAGAGGACAUAGUAUCUUCAGUAUGGACUGUAGCUGUAUUUGUCAGUGGGAUUUUCCUUUUUGUUCACGGUGUAUAGACUUGACUCUUGCCCAUGACUCAGAAUAUAAUUUAGAGCUUAUUAUGAUUCUAAUGAAAACGGGCAAAACAUGAGGAAAAUCUAUGUAAAGGUUUUAACUAGAGAAGUGAGUUGUUGUGUGUUUGUGAAUCUGCACUGACGGAGAGCAAAAAAUAAGAAAUACAUGAUAUAACAUGGCUUGAAUUCAUAAUAUUUAUCUUGUUUUGAAUUGUUUGUGCAAAUUUAGAUCUGUUUAGUAAUUACUUUAAAACUUUAUUGGUCGUAUUUUGCGUGUUUCAAGAUAAUUCCUUCAAUUGAGUAAGAAUAUUUGUUAAUGUCCAAAAAAAUUAAAAUAAAAUUAUUGACAGAUUUUUGCUUGAAAAACAAAAAAACAAAGAUUAGUGUAUCUAUAAACUUAAAGGUACACUGCGUAACUUUCCUGGUGGGGGUUCUCUCCAUGUAGAUGUUAUUGCUUUGCCUGAAAUGUUCCCCAAUAUGGCUUUAAACUCAUCUGUCCUUAUUGAAUCAAGGCCAAGUUGCAGGUUUGUGGAGAAAAUGCUGUGUUAGAUAAGUUUAAUGCCAUAUUGGGGAACAUUAAAAAGCAAUAACAUCUCCAUGGAGACAAGCAGGUGGCAGACACCGCAUCAGAAAAGUUACACAGUCCUCCUUUAGUUUGGAUAACGCUUUACAACAAAAAACUUUCCAAUUUGCUUUCCAUAGUUGCAAUUAGAAAACCUGGACUCAAAUCAAAAUGACAAAACAAUUAAACAGUGCUGUUAUCAGGGUUCCCACGCUCAUGGAAAUCCUGGAAAAGUCAUGGAAAUUGAAAAUGUCUUUUUCCAGGCCUAGAAAAAUGAACGUUUUGUAAAAGUAAUGAAAUUUUAGUAUCUCUUUCAAGCAACUACACUGUUCUUUUAAGUUAUCAUUGGACUAUUAUGAUUAUUUCUGAACGUCUGCGCCUUUUGUUUAAAAGAGAUGACAAUAAAUGCACUGACGAUAUUUUGAAUGUUAAAAAACUAUAAUCCCAAACCAUAAGGCGACUGGAAAGAGUUAACAUUUUUAUAUUUAGCUCUAAUAGUAUGAUUCUACACAUGUAGGUGCCGUAAAGUCAUGGAAAAUUCACUUUGGUCAUGAAAAAUACAUGGAAAAGUUUUGUAAUUUUGUCAGUGAAAAAUAGUGGGAACCCUAUAUUAUGUACUAACAAACUCUAAUAGAACAUUUUAAACCCCGAACUACUAAAAAUAAGGCAGAUAUUGUGAAUUUAAGUAAUUUAAAAUCAUGUAUAUGUAUUUUUUUGCACUGCAGACUCCACUUAUGCUGCGGUCCAUAGCGGUAACAGUAGUAAUCUUGUUGUUUCACUGCUCCAUGUAUAUUAGCCACGUUCGCUUAACAACAUCGACUUUACCUCACCACACACAUGGAUCUAUAAUGAGAAUAAGAGGAAUUGAUUAUAUUUCCAUGACCACGAGGCAGUCCAGUGUCACCUACGGCCUUAACGAAGACCUCCGAAACACCAAGAAAUCCACUGUGUAGGUACAGCAUUUGAACACUAGUACAAUGUCCACUAUAGUUACAAUUUCAAUAAAACAUGCUCUCGUUUAUUUAAAGUUGCACUGUGUAACUUUUCUGAUAGGAGGCCUGCCACAAGAUUGUUUCCACGGAGAUGUUUUUGCAAAGCUUGAAAGGUUCCACAGUAUGGCGUUAAACUUGUCUAUGUUGUUUAUUCAAUUACAGUCUGUUUUCCUGCUCAAAAAUACAAGCGUCCCUGUAGUAAAUGAGCUCACUUCUCCACAGAUCUGACCUGUAACUUGGCCCGGAGGCAUUGCAGACUUGUCUCCAGGGGUGUAGUGGGCGUGGUACGCGGGGGUUCGCCGUCCCCUGACGUGAGAUAUAAAAAAAUAACAAAUGUAAAACAGCUACAACUAAAAUGCCAAACCGGAGCUACUGGCAACGGUAAAAACAAACUGCAUAGACUCAUGAUAUCUGCAGUACUGUCCUAUAGUGACCUGAACCAGGACUGAACCAGGAGGACUAAACUAGGACUGAACCGGGACUAAAUUAGGACUAAACCAGGACUAAACCAGGUCUAAACCAAAACUGAACCAUGACUGAGAGUCGAGAUGGGCCCGGAGGUGUGCCUGUGUAAACCGUUGAGUGAUUGGGUUUAGCCCUGGUUCGGACCUGGUUUAGUCCCUGUUUAGUCCUGGUUUAGACCUGGUUUAGUCCUGGUGUAGUCCUGGUUUAGAACUGGUUUAGUCCUGGUUCAGUCUUAGUUCAGUUCUGGUUUAGUCUUGGUUUAGUCCUGGUUUAGACCUGGUUUAGACCUGGUUUAGUCCUGCUUUAGUCAUGGUUUAGACCUGGUUUAGAUCUGUUUUAGUCCUGGUUCAGUUCAUCACAUCAAUGAAAAAAAUCUUUAAAAAUCCCCACUACACCACUGCUUGUCUCCGAUGAAAUAGACAAGUUUAAUGCCAUACUGUGGGAUAUUUUAGACAAAGCAGUAACAUCUCCACGAAGACAAACGGCAGCGGACCCUCCACUAGAAAGUUACUUAUGACACCUUUUAUUUAUUUAUUUAUUUAUUUAUACUUUGUGCAAAAAUAAUGCUGUUUUAUUAUGUAAUAUGCAACAGGAGAGAUCGGCGUUUAAUCGAGGGGAUAGUUUUGUCAAAUUUGUGUUGACAAUUCAUCAACUCACAGAUGGUGAUAGCCAAAAUUAGGCUAUUUUAAAUGUAAAUCUUUUUUUUUUAAACAUUUUAUUAUUUAUUACACAAAUAAUCUGUGUACGUUUUUCUUUCAAAUGAAACGGGGAAGACGGUGAAUAUUGACUAAUUACUUGAACUUUAUGUAAACCAAUGCCAUCAACUGAAAACCAUUUUGUUAUGAUGAAAAGCACGGACAAGCAGCCGACAUCUGAACCGAGUUUGAAGAGCAAUAGUAGUUUAAAAUGCUGCAGCUACAACUCAUGUGUCAUCUAUCGUCAUUUAUAAAGAGUCCCGAGUAGCCAGUAAUACAAUGUAAAGGAUGUAAUGUUUAUCCUAAUAUAAUUAUUCUGUGACGCUGCAGCUUGGUGGAAUAUAUCAUUGUAGAUGUGGUGCAUGGAAACUGCUGAUAUCAACCAAUAAACUUCAUCAAGUCAUCUGUGUCACUGGUGUCCGUUUUCUGUUACGGAAUCCGUGUGACAGCCCAGUUUGUUUUUAUUUUUUAUACUAAAUAAUUAUCAUCUCACUGGAAAUUGUAUUUUUCUUUUGUCUAUUUCUAUUUUUUUUUUUUUUUACACUACUGUUUUUUAUGUACUAUA